CCUUUUCGUCGUUAACAAAGACAACAAAUGAGCUAGUAAUCAUGGAUUCCUCGCAGGACUUCAAGUCCAUACAGGAAAAUAUCCAGAGUGCGCUCGUCUCUACCACCAGGCUUACGAAUCAAAUAGCUGCCGAAGAUCUUAGUUUUCAACGAACAAGCAAUCCCGACGUCGAAGAGCAAUUAGACGAUAGCUCUGCGCGUUUGCUCACCUUGGCUACGUCGCUUCUCACAUCGUCGGUAAAAAACACCGAACUAAAAGCCCCGAAGCUCGAUGAUGCCGACGAUAUCGAUGUCCAUUGGUCGCGAAUUGUCGAUGUGGUCGAUACCUUACUUGAAAAAGCCGACACCUGCUUAGACGAGUACACCGGCGUGAUCAAGAGGAAAACUGCGCCAACCGAGCCUGCAGGCCAACCAGCGAAGAAGCCGAAACAAACCAUACUAGAUACCCACAUACGCCAUGCGAACAUCAUCAAGCCACAAAACGCUUUCGAGGUCAAACCGAACAACCUGACUACCUCGCCUUGGAAACCCAUUCUCACUACAAAGCCACACGCUCACGUUCCACUUGACAAGAGCUUACUCACAUUCAAGAACGAGGACGAACAGCUACAAUACAAGCAUCCUUAUGAGCCCGAGAUUUGCAACUUCGAAUACCCAGAUCAUGUUUUCCAAAUACGAGAACCUAUUAAAUACCAGCCCGUCGAAACCACGGCCGCCACCUUCGUCGAUACCUACGAGGGCAUUCUGGAGAUGCUUGCGGAGCUCAAAACGGCAUCGGAAAUCGCUAUCGAUACCGAACACCAUGAUUUCAGAACAUACAGUGGUUUGCUCUCACUAAUGCAGAUCAGUACGCGCGAGAAGGACUGGAUCGUCGAUACGCUACAGCCAUGGCGACACAAGCUCGAGGUACUUAAUGAGGUCUUUGCUGAUCCGAAAAUCAUCAAGGUACUCCACGGCGCCUAUAUGGACAUCAUCUGGCUACAACGAGAUUGUGGUAUCUAUAUCGUUGGGCUCUUUGACACGUACGAAGCAGCCAUCUCGCUCGACUACCCUGGCAGGAGCUUGGCCUAUCUACUCAGGAGAUUCGUCGAUUUCGACGCCGAUAAAAAGUAUCAACUAGCUGACUGGCGAAUACGCCCACUUCCCGAGGAGAUGCACUACUACGCCCGCUCGGAUACCCACUACUUGCUCUACGUAUAUGACAUGAUGCGAAACGAAUUAUUGAAGCAAUCUCCAGAACAGCCAGAACAGAACUUAGUGCGCCAAGUCCUUGACAGAUCAAAGGAGACUUCCCUGAGACGUCAUGAGACGUAUACAUAUGAUGCCGAAGGCGGUCAGGGGCCGUUUGGCUGGUUUACGUUACUCAUUAAAUACUCAGCUGGAAAGUUCUCCAAGGAACAAUUUGCCAUAUUCCGAGCUCUACAUAAAUGGCGAGAUGAGGUGGCCCGUCGUGAAGAUGAAAGUCCUCUGUUCGUUAUGGGCAACUCAGCACUUUUUGACAUAGCUAGACGUAUGCCACCGGAUGCUAAAGCUCUACACAGUCUCCUCGAUUCCUCCUCUCACAUUGCUAAACGCGACUCAUAUAAUCUCUCCAAGAUUAUCAACAAGGCCAAGGCAGACGGAGCGAAUGGACCUAGUGUCGUUGAUGUCAUUCGCGGCAAGGCACCAUCUACUAUUGGCAUUGGUGAAACCGCAAAAUCGGUCUUCCCUCAAUUGAAGAACAAUGACGCGGAGGUCUCUGGUACAGAAGAACUCGUCUCACAUACUUCCAAAUUGUGGGGUCCAGUUCCGAUAAGUAGUCGAUGGGAGAAACCUUCUGGUGUGAAACCCGUAGGAGCUCUUCAGUUCGAACUACCUUGGGCUCAAUUCAUCAAGUCGAGUAAAGUCAUGGAAGAGACAAACCCGCGACCCCUGGUUCCAGUUGCCAAGGCUGAAGAGACUUUCAUAUCAUUAGAAGAGAAGGCUAGCAUUCCGCAACCGCCUGUUGAUACGGAGUUUACCCUGAGAGCUGGUUUGAAGCGCAAAGCGCAAGAGGCGGAAUCAGAAUCCGAGGCGGAAGAUGGUGAGGUUGAGGGCACCCCGUCUAAGCCGGAACCUACCUCGGGUGGUUCCCCCGGUGAGGAAGAAAUUGAAGUGCCCGACAUGGAUGACAGUGAGGAGGAGAGAAAGCAUCAGAAGAAAUUGGCCAAACUUGAAAAGAAAGCUCGUAAGAAGGCCCUAAAGAAGGAACAAAAAGGUCAAAAACUAGCCACACGUGCCAAGGCUACCAAGGGCACUACAGAAGAUGGGGAGGUUAGUGAGGAUGAGGAAGAGGCCCCCUUCGAUUACAGCAAGGCGAAGUCGGUUCUGAAAGCUUCACGGGCUACUAAUGGUGCUCCCCAAGCAACUAAGUUCAACCCCUACGGCUUGACAGCCGAGGGUCCGAAACCGGCCAGGAAGAUGCAUGGAGAGAAGGCUGGUAAGAGUGCUACAUUUAGAAAGUGAAAGUUUCUUUCUUAGGGGAGCAUCCAUACAUGCACAGAGACCACAGCAUGAGGCGUUUGAUCCGGACAAGGGGAUUUAGCAUUUUUGCGUUGCGUUGUACUGCAUUUCUCGGAGUUUAGGAAUUCAGAGGGAUUUUGCAGAGGCCUCCAGGCAAGAACUAGUCGUAGGCUGGCUGGCUUGAUCCCGGGAAUACCCCAUGGCCAUAGUCACAGGUAGUUGUGAGUUUGUAAUUAAUUCGUUAUGCCCUAGUUAUGCCUGCUCCCUGAUUAUUAC